AAGCAUAAACUGCAAUCUCUUCUCCAAAAUAUUAUAUAUACAGUGCUAGCUUAUAGCCCAAGACACACACACAUAGAGAGAUGGAAGAUACUCAAAGAGUGUUAACAUGGGAAGAGGAGGAAGAACAUGCCAAGGUGGAUGUGUGGAAAUAUGUUUUCGGGUUUGUUGAAAUCGCGGUGGUAAAAUGUGCCAUUGAACUCGGAAUAGCUGAAGCAAUUGAAAGCCAUGGAAGCCCCAUGACACUCUUAGAACUCUCAUCUGCUCUAAGUUGUGAUCCUUCUCACCUUUACCGCGUCAUGAGGAUACUAGUCCACCUCAAAAUAUUCAAAGAAAUAACCACAAACCAAUUAGGCUCCAAAGGUUAUGCACAAACACCUCUGUCUCACCGGCUACUGAAAUCUGGAGAAAAUAGCAUGGCGGCGCUGAUCUUGCUGGAGAGUAAUCCGGUAAUGAUGGCACCAUGGCAUGGCUUAAGUGCCCGAAUUCGAGGAAAUAUUAGCAAUCAAUUGUUUGAGGAAGUACAUGGGGAGGACAUAUGGAGCUUUGGUGCGGCCAAUCUUGAUCACAGCAAGCUUUUCAAUGAUGCAAUGACUUGUGAUGUAAAAGCAGCUGUGCCUGCGGUGAUUAAAAGUUGUAUAGAGGUGUUCAAAGGCCUUGAGACAAUAGUAGAUGUCGGCGGGGGAAAUGGGACUAUGUUGCGCUUGUUGGUCGAGGGUUGCCCUUGGAUUCGGGGCAUUAACUUUGAUCUUCCGCAUGUUGUCUCUGCUGCUCAGGAUUGUGAUCGCGUUGAGAAUGUUGGAGGUGACAUGUUUGAUCACGUUCCAAAGGCUGAUGCAGUAAUCAUCAAGGGGGUUCUUCAUAACUGGGGUGACGAUGACUGCAUUCUUAUCCUUAAAAAGUGCCGGGAAGCUAUUCCUAAGGACACGGGGAAGGUGAUAAUCAUAGAUGCCGUUAUCAACGAAAAAUAUGAGAAUGAAGACAAGAAGCUAGCAAAUCUGAAAUUUAUGUUAGAUAUGGUGAUGAUUGCCCAUACUAACAAAGGCAAAGAAAGGAGCUUGAAGGAAUGGGAAUAUAUUCUUGGGGGGGCUGGCUUUAGUGGACACACUAUCACACCUGUUCCUGCUAUCCAAUAUUCUGUUAUUCAAGCUUUUCCUUAAAUUUAACGAACACAAAAUUAAUGAUGUGAAUUUGUAUUCUCAAAUAAGUGUUUCAUUGUAAUUCUAAGUUUACUUUGUGGUCCUUUUGUCUUGCUUUGUGUAGUGUGCUUUGCAGUCUUUGGAUGGUUGGCAAUUAAAAUUUGUGAAACUUGUUGUGGCUGUUGUAAGCCUUUCUAUCUCAAUGGGCAUGUUUUUGAGCAA